AUGCCUGACGUUGAUGUAAAGCCAUCAUUUCUAGAGUCAAUCUCGCCAUGGUCAACGUCACGGGCCUCGACGCCUCAGCCCGAAAGAAAACCCGUUGGUGAUAGAGAGAGUCUCAAGCAAACACAAGGGCAGGACCACACCACUUCUCACCGAAAAAGACUGAGCUCGCUACGAUACCCCGAUGAUUGUCCCCCUCUGCAACCCAGAUGGUUCUAUGCCGUUGAUGUCCCCAAAUCAAAACCCGCCUUUUUGACAUCGGAAAGAACAGAGUCCAAGCCUUUACCAACUCCCAAAAAAUUUGUUCCAUUUGUGCUCAAGGACUCCCAAUCCGUGGAAAAUGCUUUUCAAACCCUCAUAAAAUGCGAAGACCGCGUGAAUACCGCCAAUUCCAGUGGUAGCAACAAGCCUCUAGAAAUUUCCGAUACCACAAUAAGAGUCCCCGUCAACGAGGACUACCUCUAUGAUGUUGAUGUUGAUAAGAGGGAACUUGGACCCGCAUUCUGGCUCGGCCCUACGUAUGAAGUAAGACGCGGUACUUGGUUCUUCCAAGAAGGCUCAACCUUGAAGCCUUGUGAGGAGAAUCUCGCUAUACAAAUCGAAGAGGGUUAUUUGAGAUUAAAACCUUGGCAAGCUCAAUUUCUGCAGCAUAAGAAUAAGACAGGAUUCUCGGCAGAAGAUUCCAGCAAAGGAACUAAAUCUACUGUUCGGGAUAACCACAGCAGUCAUUCGGAACUCAAUAGUCCAUUGCCCGUUCACCGUCUCUUUGGUUCGUAUAUGAAUAGCACGGUAACCUAUCAGGAUUCCUCGAUUGCAUGGCUAAAUUAUGACGACUUCAUGUCUCGUAUGAGCAGCACCGUUUACCAAAGAUUUGGUGGUGUCGGAGGUACCAAACUAGUAAGAGGUUACACUGAACCAGGGCGCCAGAAGGAUUUAGCUGAAGGAAAAGGAGAUGCGAAAGGAUCAAUGCCAAAGACCCACGCAUCGGCCGCUUCCCUCGAGGCGGCAACUAUCGAGUCCAGUGAGAAAACCGAGGAUAUUCUCGAAACCGCACAUGAGAACUUGCCUGGUACCAACGAAGUCGGAAAAUCUGGUUCGCGCCGAGAAGCAAAUGAGCAUCGAGCUACGUUGCAGCGUCAGAUGUCAUCGCUGAAUGGUGAAACUGAGAACGUGGCUGAGCUGGAGGAAGAGGCAAGGAGGCAGGAGGAGAAGGAAAUGGAAGAUUCCAGAGAGGUAGAUGGUGAAGAAAGAGAUAGGGAGAUUGAACAUUUGGUUCUCGUUACUCAUGGAAUCGGUCAGCGUCUUGGGAUAAGGCUGGAGAGUGUCAAUUUCAUUCACGACGUUAAUGUGUUGAGAAAAACAAUGAAGUCCGUAUACGGCGCUUCUCCCGAUCUACAGACCCUCAAUGCGACAUAUUCUGACAGUAAGAAAAACUGUCGUGUACAAGUUCUCCCUGUAUGCUGGAGACAUUUACUCGAUUUCCCCCGGCAAGGCUUACGCCAGAAUCGUAAAGAAUUUGACCUUGCGGAUCCCGUCAGCCUUUCUGCUGAGGAUGAACAGUAUCCUAGUCUAGCCGACAUAACACUGGAGGGUGUACCUGCGGUUCGUAAUUUGAUUUCUGACCUAGCUAUGGAUGUUCUCUUAUAUCAAAGUCAAUAUCGGGAACACAUAAUAGAUAUUGUCCAACGAGAGUGUAACCGAAUAUUCCAGGUUUUCAAGACUCGUAAUCCUUCUUUCAAAGGAUCUGUCAGUCUCUGCGGCCAUUCCUUGGGGAGCGCUAUCAUGUUUGAUAUACUCUGUCACCACCAACCUCACCUCGACAAAGACGUUGGGACCCGAGACGAUGCCUCAAUGCAUAGCCAGGAAUCGAAACUUGAAAGAUUGCGAGAUUACUCUCUUGAAUUCGACUGUAAAGAGUUUUUCUGUCUUGGGUCUCCUAUUGCACUUUUCCAGAUGCUCAAAGCAAAAACAAUUGCAGGACGCCGUUUGGGAGGUGCUUCGGAUCCUGCAAGAAGCAUUAUACUCAACAAUACAUCUUUAUCACAGUCUACACUUGAACAGAAUUCUAGUGUUUCUUCACCCAGAUGUGAAGAGCUGUACAACAUUUUUCAUCCAUCCGACCCAGUCAGCUACCGUCUUGAGCCACUUAUCAGCCCUGCUAUGACAAGCCUAAAGCCUCAGCCGCUUCCUUCCGUGAAGAGGAGCAUCUGGACAGCAUCGGGUCAAAGUCUGUCCAAUAUAAGCUCUCGGGUGGGAACAUUGUGGACGAAUUUUACCUCUGGUGUUGCAAGUAGUCUUUUAAAUCGCAGCUUAGGUUUGCAGACUGAAGAUAAACCGGGACAAGGGCAAUUGCACUUGCAUGAUCCGCACAACCAAUCCCUGUAUGAGACUAGAAACAGCGAGGAUACCAGUGCUGGGGGGAGGGAAUUGCACGCUCCGAAUGUGGUAAACUCAGAUCUAGAGACUCUAUAUGAAGGCUUUGAAAAGGCCCGAUAUGAGGAUACGGAGAGAUUCUCAAAAAAGGACUUCGAAAAUCGCGCGCGGAAAGUCAAAUUGGAAGAAGCUAAGGUUAGGGCUCUCAACUCAAAUGGCAGAGUCGACUAUAGCAUACAAGAGGGCGCUUUUGACAUAUCGCUGAUUGCCAGUCUUGCAAGCCACCUUUCUUAUUGGGCAGAUGAGGAUGUUAGUCAUUUCAUGCUUUCGCAGAUGCUUUCAAGAGCGCGAAGAAAGCCUCGACAGUAGCAAUAGAGCAAUAGAACUUCCAUUUUCAUGGCAUCAUCUAUAUGGUUUUCGUUUGCUUACUUUGACCGAAGAAAUUGCCAUGGUAAGUCAUACACUACCAUGAUAGACGAGCUACGAAAGACAAAUGGAGUGGUGUACACAAUAUUACAGAAAUUGAUUUAAAUAACCAAGUAACAGAUUCUUGAAGAUGCUUCCGCGGCGGAUGGAAGUCUGUAAUUAGCUAUCUAGGAGGGUCAAAUACAUAAGAUUAUGAUGAACAGCUAAAUGGU